AUGAACAAAGUGAAAAGUGAUGCGAAAGAAAGCCGUGAUUCUCCUCAGUAUGUCAUUUCUGCAGCUGCAUCGCAAUUAAGUGAAAGUGCCGCGCUAGCUCUACUACAAAUAAGCUCUAUAAAAAGAGCUAUUCACAACGUAAGACAGAAAGAAAGAGCAGGCUUAGCUAAUCCAAUUCAUAGACGGGAAAUUGUUUUAACAACUGACCAAACUAAAACUCAUAAAGGGGAGCAGUUUUUGCUAUAUGAUUCCGGCCAUUACGAUGAUAGAAUGCUUAUAUUUGCAACUCAGAAUAAUUUGAGUCUACUUGAGAAGAGUGCAAAUUUACAAGUGGAAGGAACAUUUAAAACUGUACCUCAGUUAUUUGAACAAUUAUAUACUGUACAUGCUGUGAAGAAUAAUGACACCAUUCCUGUGGUCUACGCCUUACUUCCAGAUAAAAGGGCUGAAACUUAUAGAAGAUUAUUUGCUCAAAUUAAGUCUAUGGUUCCAAAUUUACAAGUUUCAACCAUAACUUCAGACUUUGAACUUGCAGCUAUAACUGCCGUUAAAGAAGAAUUCAGCACAGCUUCUCAUUAUGGAUGCCUUUUCCACUUAGGCCAGUGCUUGUAUCGAAAGAUAUGUGAUUGUGGUCUGAAAGUGAGAUACGAUACAGAUUCCGAAUUUGCUUUAAAAAUUCGAAUGCUGUUAGCCCUAGCCUUUGUCCCCGUUGACAAAGUUACUGAAUCAUUUGAAGCUUUACUAGAUUCAGAUAUAUAUCCUCAAGAUGUAAAUCCUAUUUUAGAUUAUUUUGAAGAUUCAUGGAUUGGUCGUCCUUCAAGACGUCAUCGACGUAGUCCUAUGUUUGAAAUAAGUAUGUGGUCUUGUUUUGAGAGAGUCAAUACUGAUUUGCCCAGGAUUAACAACGCACUUGAAGGAUGGCACAGAGCUUUUUUACAGCAAAUGUCAUCUCAUCAUCCAACAAUAUGGAAGUUCCUAGAUGCUUUAAAAAGAGAGCAGGGUUUACAAGAAAUUCACAUUGCAAAAGUAAGAGCAGGAAGCACAAAUAUGAAGAGUUCCAAGAAAAUCGUGACUCGAAUGAAAGGAUAA